UUUUUUUUUUUUGGCUUGGACACAUUCGAAACAUGUGGGCAUUGCUAUCAUAUUCCUGCAUUAUUAUAAUAUCGUUUGGACAAACUUAAUCCAUCCAUCAUAUUCUCCAUCAAAACCCAAUCUUUUGAAGGAAAAAAAAGAACAACCCAAAAAUAGAUACAGCUGAUAAGCUAAUUAAGGACGCCCUGGUUAAGGAUAGCAAUGGAAAUGGAGAAUGGAAACAAAACGUGGAGGUUUACAGGAAACGAUAAGCUGAUUAUAGAUACAACUGAUACUAUUGGAGGCACUCUCUACUGGCUGCGCAAGACCUGCGCCGACAACGAAGACGAGAGGCCAUUGAUUCCGCUCAGCAAUGGCGAUCCCGCUAUUUUUCCCUGCUUCCGGACAAGUCUCACCGCCGAAUCUGCCGUGGUCGAUGCCCUUCAGUCCGCCAAAUUCAACACUUAUUGCCCUUUCUUCGGUAUGCUUCCGGCUAGGAGAGCAGUGGCAGAGUAUCUGUCGGUGGACCUUCCUUAUGAGAUCUCGCCGGACGAUGUGUAUAUGACCCUCGGGUGCACGCAGGCUAUCGAGGUUAUAGUGACGGUCCUCGCUACUCCUGGUGCCAACAUUUUGCUCCCAAAACCGGGCUUCCCGACUUUCGAGGCCCGAUGUGACUUCAGCGGGCUUGAGUACCGUCAUUUUGAACUCCUGCCCGACCGCGGAUGGGAGAUGGAUCUGGAUGCAAUUGAAUCUCUUGCCGAUGAAAACACAGUGGCUAUAGUUAUCAUCAACCCUGGGAGCCCGUGCGGGGUUGUUUUCUCCUACGACCAUCUCAAGAAGGUGGCGGAGAUAGCGAGGAAGCUUGGGAUUGUGGUGAUUUCGGAUGAAGUUUACGAGCACCUCACGUUUGGGGAAACCCCGUUCGUGCGGAUGGGGAUUUUCGGAUCGAUUGUGCCUGUUAUCACACUUGGCUCUUUGUCGAAGAGAUGGGCCGUGCCAGCCUGGCGGAUGGGCUGGCUGGCGACGUGUGAUCCCUGUGGUGUUCUCCGGGGAACUCAGAUGAGAGACCAAAUAAUGGCCUGCCUCAGUCUUUACUCAGACCCAGCAACCUUUAUUCAGGCAGCACUUCCUCAAAUCCUUCAGGAUACAGAAAAAGAAUUCUUCGCGAAAUGUCUGAAUUUACUAAGGCAAGGAGCAAAUAUUUUGUACGACAGAAUGAAAGAAAUUCCCUGCUUUUCUUGCCCACAGAGACCAGAAGGAGCAGUGUUUGCCAUGGUACGGUUGGACUCAUCCCUGCUGGAAGACAUUGAUGAUGAUGUGGAGUUCUGCUUCAAGCUGGCGAAAGAAGAGUCUGUCAUUCUUGUUCCUGGGGUUGUGGUUGGAGUGAAAAACUGGCUUCGGUUCUGUUAUGCCAUUGACACCGAAUCACUCGAAGAUGGCAUUGAGAGGAUUAAAUCUUUCUGCCGGAGGCAUGCAAAGCAAAAUAUGCAAAUUAAUGAUCGUUAGGAACUUCUGAUUAUGCUCAUUUCCAGAACUGCACUUGUAAGAACAAUUAACUUGGUCUCCGGUGAACUGUGCCCAACGUGUCCAGCGACUUAAUUGAUGUGUCAUUUGUUUCACGUUGGAAAUAAAAGCAAAAAAGUACAUAAUGAUGCCGUCCUAAUUCUCUUUGGAAAUAAAAGCGUGAACAAUUAUUUUUCCCAUCCCAAUUUCAUUUUCGAAGAAGCAUAGUGUUAGAGUAGAAUACUCGGCGUUCCAAUUUGAUUGGAUCUCUUUCUACUUGUAAAGACACUUAUUAUAAAUUAUAUUAUUUUGAAGCA